GGAAGCGGCGGCUGGAGAGGGGGUGGGGCGGCCUGCGGCCGGGCACGCGUGAGAGAGGCCGAGUCCCGCGAGGGUAGGUGGCCACUGGGACCAUGGCCUGUGCUUCGUAAUGAGACAGGCUGGCGUUCCCUGGGCCGGGAUGUCCGGUGCAAUUUUGCAACCUGGUCCCUUCGUUCUUCCCUUGGUUUUCGCCCUUUUGGUGAAAAGGGUCCCUGCACGGUUGACUACACCUGUUACAACUCCUGUUAGAAAGUGAAGAAGUUCCUACAGGAGUUUUAUCAGGAUGAGGAAUCCGGCAAGAAGCGAUUCAAGUAUGGAGACCAGUUGAUCCAGCUGGCCCAUCGAGAACAAGUGGCCCUGUAUGUGGACCUGGACGACGUGGCUGAAGAUGACCCCGAGUUGGUGGAUUCUAUCUGUGAGAACGCCAAGCGCUACACCAGGCUCUUUGCUGAUGCUGUGCAUGAGCUGCUGCCUCAGUACAAGGAUCGGGAGGUGGUGAAUAAAGAUGUUCUGGAUGUUUACAUUGAGCACCGGCUGAUGAUGGAGCAGAGGAGCCGGGACCCAGGGGCAGCCCGGAGUCCACAGAACCAGUACCCACCUGAGCUCAUGCGCAGAUUCGAGCUUUACUUUCAAGGCCCAAGCAGUACCAAGCCUCGUGUGAUCCGGGAAGUACGGGCUGACUCUGUUGGUAAACUGGUGACCGUACGAGGAAUUGUCACCCGAGUUUCUGAAGUUAAGCCCAGAAUGGUGGUUGCCACUUAUACAUGUGAUCAGUGUGGAGCAGAGACUUACCAGCCUAUUCAGUCUCCCACUUUCAUGCCUCUCAUCAUGUGCCCAAGCCAGGAGUGCCAGACCAACCGUUCAGGAGGACGGCUAUAUCUGCAAACCCGAGGCUCCAAGUUCAUCAAAUUCCAGGAGCUGAAGAUGCAGGAACAUAGUGACCAAGUGCCUGUGGGGAAUAUCCCUCGCAGCAUCACAGUGCUGGUGGAAGGAGAGAACACCAGGAUCGCCCAUCCUGGGGACCACAUCAGCGUCACUGGCAUUUUCUUGCCAAUUCUGCGCACUGGUUUCCGGCAGGUGGUGCAGGGUUUGCUCUCAGAAACUUACUUGGAAGCCCACCGCAUUGUGAAGAUGAGUAAGAGCGAGGAGGAUGAAUCAGAGACAGGAGAGCUGAGCAGGGAGGAGCUGCGACAGAUUGCAGAGGAAGAUUUCUAUGAGAAGCUGGCAGCAUCCAUUGCCCCAGAGAUCUACGGGCACGAGGAUGUGAAGAAGGCGUUGUUGCUGCUGCUGGUGGGGGGUGUGGAUCAGUCCCCUCGAGGCAUGAAGAUCCGAGGCAACAUCAACAUCUGCCUCAUGGGAGACCCUGGUGUGGCCAAGUCCCAGCUCCUAUCUUACAUCGACCGCCUGGCCCCUCGAAGCCAGUACACGACAGGUCGUGGCUCUUCAGGUGUGGGUUUGACAGCUGCUGUACUCCGUGACUCCGUGAGUGGGGAGCUGACAUUGGAGGGGGGCGCCCUUGUGCUGGCAGACCAGGGCGUGUGCUGCAUUGAUGAGUUUGACAAGAUGGCUGAGGCCGACCGCACAGCCAUCCACGAGGUCAUGGAGCAGCAGACCAUCUCCAUUGCCAAGGCUGGCAUCCUCACCACGCUCAACGCACGCUGCUCCAUCCUGGCAGCUGCCAACCCUGCCUACGGGCGCUACAACCCCCGCCGGAGUCUGGAGCAGAACAUACAGCUUCCUGCUGCACUGCUCUCACGAUUUGAUCUUCUCUGGCUCAUCCAGGAUCGGCCUGACCGUGACAAUGAUCUGCGGUUGGCCCAGCACAUCACCUAUGUACACCAGCACAACCGGCAACCCCCAACGCAGUUUGAACCUUUGGACAUGAAGCUCAUGAGACGCUACAUUGCCAUGUGCCGGGAGAAGCAGCCCACCGUGCCAGAGUCCCUAGCCGACUAUAUCACAGCCGCAUAUGUUGAGAUGCGGCGAGAGGCUUGGGCCAACAAGGAUGCCACCUACACUUCUGCCCGGACCCUGCUGGCCAUCCUGCGUCUGUCCACAGCUCUGGCACGGCUGCGAAUGGUGGACAUUGUGGAGAAGGAAGAUGUGAACGAGGCCAUUCGGCUGAUGGAAAUGUCCAAGGACUCACUCCUGGGUGACAAGGGGCAGACAGCUAGGACGCAGAGACCCGCAGAUGUGAUAUUUGCCACCAUCCGGGAGCUGGUCACCGAGGGCAGGAGUGUUCGCUUUUCUGAGGCAGAGCAACGCUGCAUCUCUCGUGGCUUCACACCAGCCCAGUUCCAGGCAGCACUGGAUGAGUAUGAAGAGCUAAAUGUCUGGCAGGUCAACACCGCCCGCACACGCAUCACUUUUGUUUGACUGAUUUGAGCUGCUUAAUACCAAGUCUUGUCUGCAUACCAUGUGUGCUGAACCCCUUUCCCCCCCCCAACUGCACUUGAUCCCUUUUGCUAGUAAAGUGUUUGUAGAUUAUCAUUA